AUGAGCUACCGUCGCCGGUACAACACCAUGGGUGCAAACAACUCCAAGAUGGAUACCGACGACGCUACUGUUCAGCAAGAAGGAAACAGAGCCGAAUCAGAUAUCGUACCAUCCGUCAGCUCAACGGCCAGUAGUGAGCGUCUUCCACCCAUUGAGAGUCGCGAAACUGAGACUGGCUUUACUUCCACAAACAGACUAUACAUCACACGACCGUCGCUGCUCAUUUGUCCAACGCCAGUCCAGGAGCGUCCUUCAUCUCCGGGGCCACAGCCACCGAAGAAGAGAAGGCUCAUGGCAACAACGCAGGCCGUUGAUAUUGCAUCGCUGAAAUCUGAGGCCUUCCAAGACAUGGGCCAGACUCCCUGUGAGAAAGUCGGUGAAUAUUUUGACCAUGGAUGGAGUAACCCAGCGAGGGUGAUCGAACAAUCUGUUGUCGUGCCAGUCUCAGAUAUUUCGACCAUUUCGGACUCUACGGACUCUCUGAGACCUGGAUAUGAGAUACAUCAUAGUCAAUCAAAUGGCAUCGGUCACAUCCUGUACCGGGACGAUAAGGAUACUCGGCUCAGCAAACGGCUCGAGGAGGAGGAGGAUGGUUCUAAGACGCUUAGUCCAACAGCAUAUGGCAAAACCCUCACUAAAAAUGAAAAAGAGGAGCAAAUACCCAAGGACCGGCUUGCAUUUCAAAGUAGCAACAUCAAAUUAUCGAAGUUUCACGCCGCGGCGGGAAACAAACACACCCCUUCCGGUCGGGCUUUUGAAGAGAAAGAUGCAGUCCAAAAGAAAGCUAGGAGGAACAUGCUUAGAGAUCAACAAGCCGGAACUGAAAGAAGGAGGAUGCUUCGACCGAGGGCAAUGGAACGGAGAAAGGCGUUGGAAUCUUCUACUGCGAUAGAUCUUCCGACAAAUUGGGAUCUCCUGAGCAAAGAGUUGAAGGAUACCGCGAAGGCCAAUCGGCCCACAAACAUCCACCAGCCAGAGCCAAAUCUGGAAGCACUCCUUGAUUUUGCAAAAGAAACGGCCUGCCAAAACUCAAAACCAGCAAUGCCUAUGCCCAGAGAGGCAUUGAAGAUGCCCCGCCAUAGAUCGGAUCUGAACACCCUGCAUCCUGCCUCAAGAGCAGCAGCUGAGCAGUUCAGGACACAAGAUAGACAUCUGAGUACCCAGAGAGAAGCAGCCGCAAGUCAUUUUUCUAGCCUAGAAGGGCGGGAGCGGCGACUUCUCGAGAUGAAGGAGGCGAAACUUACGACAGCUUUCGGCUCACCAACGUUGACGCGUCUUGUUAGAGACUUGACGCUUCCACUGAACUUGGACAAGGAAGUCGAAGAAAAGGAGCUUUGGGAAGUGCGAAAAUUUAUCUCGUUGGUCGUCGAUCGGGGCGAGUUUGGCAAGCUCAAGCGAAUCCGAAUUCAAAAGAUUCGGGACAAUAUGAAACGGAGAGUCCAGGACGACGAACAGCCUCCUCAGGACGAAAUAAACGUGUGGCUUGUGAGGAUUUUCAGCAUGGAAACUCUUGAGCGUGUCAAACGCGAGCUGGAACAGAUUGAUGAUCGAGUCAAGGAGCUUGGUGAUCUCCGCUGUACUGUCAGUGGCCAGCGACACAAUUCCAGGCCAAAACUGACGAAGGGCAACCGGAUUCCAACACCUCACGACCAAGUCGGCUUUCCGACAAGAGUUCAAAUGCAACAGAGAAUCGACGGCAAGCCCAAUAUGAAUCUCAGGAUAGGCCCUGACCACCAAAGUGACCACGACGAGAGGGAAGAAGACGAAGGGGCAGACCUGGUCUACGGUGCUGAUCGUGAUGUGUCGACAUCAUCGAGCUUUACGACUCCCCUACCGUCUCCCCGCUCGCAAGAUUCGGAAAGGAUACAGGGCAUCGAGGAGAUCAAUCGUUUAGAAAACUCCCGACAAAUCGAGCACGGGUCCCAUUUUUCACGACGCUCGACACAAAGCAGCCGGCGCGGAAGUCAGAAAUUUGACUUGGAGUUGCUCAAACGAAUACAAAGGAAGAAAGAAGGGAAAUCCAGAAUAGAAACCAAUUCAGAUCACUCAGCUGAUGCUACAGUCACCGAGGGCGACACCGAAACCGAGUCGUCAGAGUCGUCAGAGUCGUCAGAGUCGUCAGACGACGAGGAGGAAGAAGGGCAACAAGUCUUCAAAUAUACUGUCUUGGGUGCGUUCGCUGAUGGUGUCGAUGCAGGCUAUUGGUCUCUCGACGUCGAGCAUCGCCAUGGCUUUAUGGAACAGCACCUCAUGAUUGGAGAAGACGUCGACGUCGAAGCUCGCGUCUGGGUCGAAAAGGAGCUUGUCGAUCUGGACUGCAAGGCUUUUCGCUUUGCAAAAGCUCGGAACGUUGUCACUGAAACAGUCCUGUUCGCCGUCGAAUGGGAAAAGACUCUCUUUGGGUCCGAGCCUGAUGUCACGUUGUCUCCCAAAGAGCCUGCCACGACCGCCAUCCCAGGCCAGGACAUCAAAUACUUCACCGCUGCGGUGCUCGCGAAUUGGCAUGCGACAGACCUUUAUAUGGCGUGGUAUACGACCUUUUUGCCAGGCAUGCGCAACGAAGGGUACCAUCGGCUAGAAAGCGAGGCGGUCGAGAGGGAUCUGAAAAGCCUGGGAAUUUGGGGUCUUUGGAGUCGAGAAGAGACGUUUGAACGUGUGUGUGCAGCGGGACAGAGACAAGAAAGCGAGAAUGGCAGUGAGAGCGGAAGGGGGAACCAGCAGAAGGUUAAAGAGAGAUUCAAAGUCUGGGUUCGUCAGAUUGAAGUUUUGGGACCUGGGAACUGA